AUGUCCUUCUUCAAGAAGCUCGCCGACAAGUUCGACGACUUGACUGUUGACGAUAACAAGCGUAAGGACGAAGGGCACUCUGGCCAGCGCGGCUACGGCGACCCCUCCGGCUAUCCCGGCGGUCCCGGACCCCAGCCGGGCCAAUACUCGUCUCCACCUCCGCAGCAGCAACAGUACGGCCAGCAGCCGCCCUACGGCGGACACGGCCAGUACUCAUCCCCGCCCCCGCCUCAGCAGUACGGCGGGGGAGGAGGCGGCGGCAAUCCCCAGGCGCCCGAGUACCGACCGCCCCAGGAUAAGCCCCCUAUUCCUCGCGGCUGGAUCCCCCAGUGGGACCAGCAGAACCAGCGUUGGUACUACGUAGAGGAAGCCUCCGGCCGCUCGCAGUGGGAGGCCCCCGGCUACGACGUCUCGCAUCCCGGGUACCCGGCCACGGAGUCGCGUGGUCAUGAGUCCUCGUACGGUGGCGGUGCGCCGCCGCCCCCUAGCGGCUACGGCUACCCCCAGUCCGGAGGCUACGGAGGCCAUGAUCAGGGCGGUCAUGGCGGUUCCGGCUAUGGCGGACACGGUGGAGGUGCUGACUACGAGAAGGAAAAGAAGAAGAAGGGAAGUUCCGGUAGUGGCAUGCUGCUGGGUGCCGCUGGAGGCUUGGCGGUUGGCGCCGUAGGCGGCGCACUCAUCGCUGACGCGUUGGACGACUCGGAUGAUGAGCGCCGUCAUUACGCACCUGCUCCGGUUCCUCCCCCUCAGCCAGCCUAUCAGUCCUACCCCGCGCCACAGGGUGAUGAGAGCGACCGGGAGUCGCUCCAAGAGGCUCGUGAGGACUAUGAGGAGGCAAUAGAGGCCGCUGCUUCGAGUAGUGCCAGUAGCAGUGAUCUCGAAGAACUUCAGGAGGCUAGGGAGGAGUACCAGGAAGAGUACGAGGAGUACUAUGAGGAUUAG